AUGGGUCCUGAUCAGCAUGCUCAACUGGAUGACUUUAGUCUUGUCCUUCCAUUCCCCUAUCGUGUGGCGGUGAUCUUAGUUGCUGGUUUCUGGGGUUGGAGUGUCAAUCUCCAUUAUCUUCUGAAGAAAAAUAUUGAUGUUCCAGCCCUUCUUCGAUAUCCAGCUCGUCACUCUUCCCACCAACGACCUCAUCAUACCUCGACCUACCAUUUGGCGACCCUCCUGACUCUUCCCCUCGUGCUUUCGCUCUUAAUAUUUUGGGCCGUCACCCACGGGUCCAGGGAACGGGUGGAAUCACUAGAUUACAUCCCACAGUCGUACCUCGCCAUCUACAUAGUCAUCCUCAUUCUACCUUACAACCGUCUUGCGCGAUCCGGACGACAUCGAUUACUCCUGACCUUGCGACGGAUUAGUCUUGGUGGGCUGGCAGAGACUCAGGAUGGAAAAUUUGGAGAUAUUCUCUUGGCUGAUGCCCUGACUAGUUAUGCCAAGGUAUUGGCAGACUUCGUUGUUACCUUUUGCAUGUUCUUCAACCCAGAUACCUCUAGCACAUCCAAGCCUAACCGCAAGUGCGGCAAUGACUAUCUGAUCCCCCUCAUCAUUGCUACCCCCAACAUUAUCCGGCUUCGACAAUGUUUAAUUGAAUAUCUCCGUGUCCGUCGGGCUGGGCCCCAGAAGGGGGCCACGGGGUUCCAGCACCUAGCCAACGCCUUAAAAUAUGCGACCGCUUUUCCCGUCAUUGUUCUAGCGGCCAAAUUGAGGCAUUACAACCCCCUUGAGCUGUACGGAUUUAGUGAGAUAAGUCUUUCUCGAGUACUGAUCUUCUUCAUGUUUGUCAACUCGGCAUACUCAUUUUAUUGGGAUGUGACCAAGGACUGGGAUCUGACGCUAUUCACAUCGUCGCGUCUCGAUCCAGAGUAUCCAUAUGGAUUACGUCGCCAUCGUUAUUUCUCAGAUCGGCAAUAUUAUCUUGCCAUCGCUAUGGACCUAAUUAUUCGCUUCACGUGGCUACUUAGAUUCGUGCCUGCAUUUGCCUGGCUCGGUGAGACGGAGGCCGGCCUUUUUGUCCUGAUGUUUCUCGAAGUCGCCCGCCGAUGGAUGUGGACAUUUCUUCGAGUGGAAACCGAAUGGAUCAGGAAUAGCCGUGGUCCAGCCCCCGAUGACAUCCUCCUCGGCGAGCUCAGCCGCAAAAUAGACGCCGAUUGA